AUGGCAGAAGAACAGACUGCAACGUCCGAAUCCCAAAUGCAAGCCGGCGCCUCCGGCUCCGGCUCAGCAGCAGCAUCCGGUGGCAUCGGUGGCAGCGCCUCCUCAAAACAAACGCAGCAACAAAAACGCACGCCGCAGAAACUCGGUCCGCGCAAAGGCGGCUCGAACGCGCAGAAAGUGUCACAGAACGCAGAGGACAGUAAAUCUGCCGAGGACGAGCCGCCCGCCGAGAAGCCCAAGGAAAUUGAAGGUGGGGAAGGGGGAGGGGAGGGGGAGGGGGAAGGGGGCGAGGAAGUGCAAGCCACCGCCGGUGCUCAGCAGCGCUCUCAGAGUAAGAGUAAGCGACGGCAGAGCAGGGGACGGGGUAGGAGUCAGAAUCCCGCGAGUGAUACCGAGCAGAGUGAGUUGAGUCAGCCGCCUCCUCAGGGUGGGAGGCGGAAUAGGAAUAGGAAGCGGGGGAGCAAGCCGCCGCAGACGAUGGAGAAGGAGGAGGGUGGGGAGCAAGGAGGUGGUGGGCCGUUAGAUGCUGUUGAUGAGGUUGGAGAGACUGCUGGGGGGGCUGUCGAUAAAGUGCAGGAUACGGUUGGUGGAGUGACCGAUACUGCUGGUGAUGCUGUUGGUGGCGCGACAGAUAAAGUCGGCAAGACCCUCGGUGGACUCACUGGCGGUGGGAAGAAAGGCGAAGGUGAGGGUGAAGAAGGAGAUGAUGGGGGCAGUGACGAGCAAUUAAGACUCAGGCUGGAACUGAAUCUCGAUGUCGAGAUUCAGCUAAAGGCGAAGAUCCAUGCUGGGGCCGGGCCUCCCUUUUGGGGAGAGGCCAUUAACCAUCUGAUUGUUGCGAGAAAGGCAUUCCCACUUGAAGAGAUCUCGAAGAUGGCGUAG